AUGGGAAACAGGCGGAUUGUGGUAGCAAAUUCAUACGAUUCCAUCAAGGAGUUCUGGAUCAAGAAUCAAGGUGCACUUAGCAGUAGACCUGCAUUAUAUACAUUCCACACUGUUGUUAGCAGCAGUCAAGGAUUGUCGAUAGGUACUUCUCCUUGGGAUGACUCAUGCAAAAAGCGUCGCAAAGCAGCAGCAACAGCACUGAACAAGCCUGCCGUACAAUCGUACAUGCCAAUAAUCGAUCUUGAAUCAUACACAGCCAUUAAUGAAAUAUUAAGAGAAUGCGAAGAUGGAAGAGCAGACAUUAAUAUCAUUCCUCAUCUUCAGCGAUUCGCUCUUAAUACUUCUCUCACCCUCAAUUAUGGUACUCGUAUCUCUACUUCAUCCAAUGAACUUCUCAAAGAAAUUGUUGAAGUUGAAGGAGCAGUCGCACGAUUCCGAUCCGCAUCCAAUAACUGGCAAGAUUACAUCCCUCUUCUUCGACUUUUGCCUGCCAGAUCCAACGCGGCUAACUCUGUCCGCCUUCGUCGUGAUCGUUAUCUUGGAAAUCUUUUAGACAACUUGAAAAAAGAAAUCGCCAAUGGCACUGACAAACCAUGCAUUACUGGCAACAUUCUUAAAGAUCCUACAGCGAAACUUAAUGAAGCUGAAAUCAAGAGCAUUUGUUUAACCAUGAUCAGUGCUGCUCUUGAGACGGUCCCAACAAAUAUCAUUCUUGGCAUCGGGUAUCUUUCAUCACCACACGGCCAGGAGAUUCAAGAGCGAGCGUACAGAGAAAUUCAAGAUGUUUAUCCUAAUGAUGACGCGUGGGAUAACUGUUUAACAGAAGAAAAAGUCCCAUAUGUCACUGCUCUUUACAAGGAAAUUCUUCGUUACUACACCGUUCACCAUAUGAGUCUUCCCCGACGAAGCAUCCAAGACAUUAACUACAACGAAGCUACUAUUCCGGCUGGAACUUCAUUUUACAUGAACGCGUUCGCUGGUGAUUAUGACGAAAAUCACUUUGAAGAUCCUUAUACCUUCAAUCCAGAGCGAUACCUUGGCGAUGUUGAUGGCACGCCUCACUACGCUUACGGAGCGGGAAGCAGAAUGUGCAUAGGAGCUCAUCUAGCGAAUCGAGAACUCUUUACUUUUUUUAUUCGACUUAUUGUCGCAUUUCGAAUUCUUGAACCUCUAAACAAGGAAUAUGCACCAGUACUGGAUGGAAUGGAAGUUAAUGCUUGCCCUACGGCUCUUGUAGUUCAGCCUAAGAUGUUCAAAUGCCGUUUCGAGCCUAGGAAGAGAGAGGAUCUUAAUCUUUGGCUAGACAGCAGCAGAAAACGAGCAGAGAACUACUAG